AAGAUACUAUCAACCAUGCACAAUUGUCGAAAGCAAUGUUCGAUGCAGCAAAAUCAGGAAACACUAAUAUUUUAGAACUUCUGUUAAAGUACCAUCCUGAUUUGCUAUUUGAAGUGAACUCUAGCAAGCAAAGCUUACUUCACAUUGCAAUUCUACAUCGACAAAAAUCUGUCUGCAAACUAAUAUUAAGCAAGCCGGCUGCAAAGAAUAUUAUGACAAAACUGGUUGAUUCUGGGGAUAACACUGUUCUUCACAUAGCUGGAAAGAUGGGACAACGUGAAAUAAAACCAGGAUUUUCAACAAACCAUGUUCUAAUGAAUAGUGAGGAGAAAUGGUUUCAGGAUGUGGAGAAAAUAGUUCCACCUGCAAUGAAAACAAUGAAAAACAAAGAUGGUUUGACUCCAAAAGAAUUGUUCUAUCUGACACACGAAAUUUUGCACAAGGAAUCAAUAUCAGGACUGCAAGCUACGGCAAAUACAUUGUUAGUGGUAGCAACUCUGGUUAUUGGCCUAGGGAUCACCGGAGGUAUGACCCUUCCUAUUGGGAAUAUCGAUAGUAGAAAUACUCCUUUUUUCUCAAGGAAGAUAUGGUAUACGUUUUUCUUUCUGUCCGUUGCACUUGGAACAUGUUUAUGCGCUUCGUCUAUGUUCUUCUACGCUUCGGUUAUUCUUCCUGUAUGUUGGGCAAGACCAGAGGAAGAGUCUGUCCGGUUGCGGCUAACAAAGUUGGUAUUUGGGAAUGUGUCACUUUUCGCCUCUCUUGGACUGAUGUUUCCUGCUCUAAUUUGCGCUUCGGUGUUGAUCUUUGAAUUCUUAUCCAGUUGGAUCCUUUACUUCAUUUCUGGACUUGGUUUAAUGGUAUUCGUUGUGCAUCUUACACUUGAUUAUAACCGAUGGAUUGGCAUUGCGUGUUCGGUGCUAUCUUAUUUGGAGGAUGCUCCAUCGUCUACGCCAAUAAUGUUACGCCCAAUCUUCCUCACAUUCGCAAAGAAAAAGGCUUGAAUGUCCUUCAAUAAACUAAAUAUGAGAUUGUGCCCUAGAAAAAGUUUGCAAGGAGUUUCUUAUUUUGAGACUGUUUUUAUUUGCAUUUCAUCUGGUGCUGUGAUUUGUUUUCUUGAGAUUCUAUUAUUUGCCUGUUUAUGGUGCACAUUUGAAAUUUUAAGAACUU